ACCAAUAUGGAUACAGCGCUGCGAGUACUGCAUAUAAGACUCAGGUUGAAAGUCUUUGUUCAGCCUGCAGCUACCCCGCGUUGAAUCCGGCUGACGAUUGGACUCUUACAACACUCGCCCAACCGCUCGGUUGCUGACGAAAAUCCCGCAAACAAAGACGUCGUUCGUAUCAUCUCUAACGGAUAUCAACAUACGAUCAGACGGGGACGGCGUACACGAUGGACUGUGAGGCUUCCUGGGCGGAGACUACAACACGGCUCGGAGGCCAGGCCAGCCUACGUUCAGUCCAUUUCGCAGAACCGACGAGCGAGAAUGGAGUGACGGCCGCCGAAUCGCCAGUCGAGGACAGACGGCUGAUCCAUAUUCCCCGUGUCCUCGCUAAAUAUCACCAGAAGCGUUUCGGCCAUCUGCUCUCGACACAAGCCCCGUCCUUCAGCUCAUCGCCCGGUAUCCUACCCUAUGCAGGGCCAGGUCUGGGACAAGAUGCUGCGUAUGGAUCUCAGCCUCCUUCAGGCGUCGUCUACCUCGAUGGAAACUGGGUUGAGCUCUCACCGGAUUCUCAUAUGCCACAGCUACGUCCUUCAGAAUCAUGGCACUGGGGGUCAUGCCAGCCUCCUUUCCAACGGCCUCACCAAAACAAUCCUCCUCCAUGGGAUCCCACCGCCACCGCCACCGCCACCACCCCAUGGUCCCAUGGCCCGCCAGUCCGGGGCCCCCCUCCAGGGCGUAGACCGACGAAUUGGGGAACUUGGGGGGCUCCAGGACGGGCUCCUUUAGGCGGCGUUGUCACCAAUGUCCAGGCCGGAUCAGAUUCGGAUUCGGACUCUGAGUCGAGCAUUAAGGCGCCGCCGCAUAAUCCUUUCGAAGACACAUCGGAUUCCGACGACUCAGACGGGUCAAGCAGCACUUCAUCGGGAUCUUCAUCGGGAAAUUCACAUACAAGACCCAGCCGACCCAACAUGCAUCUCCUCCCGAGGAAAUUGGAAGAUACCAGCGACUCUGAAGCCGCAUCACCUGUCGAAAAGGAGUGGGAACGCCAGAAACGAGAGUUUAACCUCAAAUUCAAAUCUCUUGAUCAACUCAUGUCACUGGUGGGUGUGGAGGAAGCUAAGGCUGAAUUCCUCAAGGUCAAAGCGACCGUUGAAGCCGCCCGCCAGCGAAAGGGUCGACUGCGGCGACAGGGGCUAAAUCUGGCUCUCAUGGGAAAUCCUGGUACAGGCAAGAAAGCUCUUGCAGCGCUGUAUGGAAUCUUGCUUUCAGAAUGCAACGUUUGGCCGAACAUAGAAAACGGGAAGGUGCACACCAAAGUGAUAUCGGGCUCUUCGUUGGAUGUUGAUGAACUCAACCGGAUGUUUGGCCGCCAUGGAAGUGGAGUAUUUCUCUUCAUUGACGACAUUGACUCGGUUGAACAAAAUGAUUACAAGCAACUAUUGGACGUCUUGGACUCCCAUGCCAGCAAAGCUGUUGUUGUGCUGGCAGGCAGCGCCGAUAGCAUGACGGAGCUUCUCGGGAGCCAUCCCCAAGGCCGAUGGCAUUUCUGUCGGAGGAUACAACUGAAGGACUACACCGACGAGCAGCUCCGGCUCAUUUUCUUGAGGCUUGUGAGCAGCAACUCCUUGACUAUUGAAGAUGGGGUUGAUAGUCGCUACCCUCUCAUUGCCGCCAAGCGGGUCGGCCGCGGUAGAGGCUCUCAUGGCUUUGGCAACGCCAACGACUUGAUGGUGGCUUUUGAAAGAAUUCUCGACCGGCACUCGACUAGACUCAGUAAAGAACGUACGAAGGCACCGGGAUCAAGUGACGACAUUCAGGAGGAGGAAACGCCAACGGAAAAUUGCGAACAUGAAGAUAAGAGCUGUGAUCCCGAGGAAAUGGUUCAAGAUGAUAAACCAGAGGCCAAUGAUGCUAUCCAACAGGAGAACAACAAGGAUUUCGAGGAUGGGGAACCCAAGAUCGAAGACUCAGAUGCCAAUGACAGCGAAGACAAGGCUCCAGAAUCACCCUUACUCGCGGAGGAAGAGUUUCCGAAAGUUGAGAAGGAAGACAUGAACGACAACAGGACUCAAGACGGAAUUACAGCAACCAUUGAUGGUGCACUGGAAACAAGCAAUAAACAGGCUGAUGAGAAUGAAGAUGUGGACGAAAAUGACGAUAGUGAUGACGAAAAAGAUGCUGGUAAAGAUGACGACGACGAAGACGACGACGGAGAUGAUGCGGAAGAGGCAGAGGAUGAUAACAACCAACCCGAAAGUCCACCUCCCGCCAUACUCACGAUGGAAGAUAUUCUAGGACCAGAGCCAACAGACAUUCUAAACCACAGCGACGCGUGGAAGGAGCUCGAGAAAAUGGCAGGUCUAGAAGACGUCAAAAAGGCGGUCCGAGAGCUGGCGGAUAGUGCGAAGCUCAACUAUCACCGGGAACUCGCCGGCAAGGAGCCGCUUUACCCUUCGUUGAACUGCAUGUUCCUGGGCCCGCCGGGAACUGGAAAGUCUACUGUUGCCAAGCUAUACGGGCAAAUAGUGGCAGACCUUGGGUUUUUGUCUACUAACAAGGUGGUGAUCACAAACCCUAGCGACCUCGUCAGUAGCUAUGUCGGUGAGUCCGAGGUCAAGAUGAUGGGCAUCCUCAAUUCUACGCUCGGUAAAGUGCUCAUCAUCGACGAUGCCCACACUUUCUACCAGGGGGGCGAACGAAAGUCUUCUCAUACGGACCCCUGCGGGCUGUGCUUGGAUAUGAUUGUGUCCCAGGUCCAUAACAGACCUGGCGAAGAUCGGUGCAUCAUCUUUGCGGGCUACGCCGACAUCAUAGAGGAGAUGUUCCGUCGUGCAAAUCCUGGACUCCGGAGGCGAUUCCCUCUGAAUAGCGCGUUUAACUUCGAGGACUAUGGAGACGAGCAGCUCAACGAGAUCUUGCGUCAAAAGAUGGCUGAUGAGGACGUCACAGCCGAGCAGCCAGCCAUGGACGUCGCGGCCGAAGUGUUGCGCAGGAUGAGGGAUCGACCUAACUUUGGCAACGGCGGCGAUGUCCAGAAUUUGCUUGACCAAGCCAAAGCUCGCUUUCUAAAGAGAACAUCCGAGGACGAACAAGCAGGAAUGGCAGUUCUCGAGCGGGAGGAUUUCGAUCCAGAAUGGAACCGCGGCGCUGGCGCGAGUAAGAGGUGUGAGAGUCUGUUCGAGGGAUUGAUUGGCUUCGAGGCCAUCAUCAGCGAGCUGCAAGACUACCAGCGCAUAGCGGCCAACAUGCGCCUGCACGGCAAAGACCCGAGGCGCAGAAUCCCCUUCACGUUCGUCUUCCGCGGAGCGUCGGGCACAGGCAAGACACACACGGCCCGCAUCGUCGGGCACAUCUUCUACGACAUGGGCUUCCUCUCCACCAGCGAGGUCGUCGAGUGUUCGGCAAGCGAUCUUAUAAGCCAGUGGGUGGGCGGCACGGCACCCAAGGUGCUCGAACUCUUGGAUCGCGCCCUGGGAAAGGUGUUGUUCAUCGACGAAGCCUACCGGCUGGGCAAGAAGUCUCGGACGGCGGGGGCUCGGAGCUAUGAAGAUGAGGCAAUUGGUGAGCUCGUCGACUGCAUGACCAAGCCGAAAUAUUUCAACAAGCUCGUCAUUGUACUGGCGGGAUACGACCAGGGCAUGGAUGCUCUCAUGCGAGUCAACCCGGGGCUACGAGGUCGAUUUCCCACAGAUAUCAUGUUCCGCCCGAUGACGCCUCAGCAGUGCAAGGAGUACCUCACCAACUUGAUCCACGAAGACGGCAUAUUCAUUCGGGACAAAGACGAGGAGGACGAGAAAGAUGCGCUGCUUCUGUUUCAUAAGCUGGCCCUUACACCGGAUUGGUCCAACGCCCGGGACAUAAAGACGCUGGCCGGCAUCGUCGUAUCCGAAGUGUACCGGAGGGACCCGGAAGAUCUGAAGGUGGAAGACAGCCCGCCGACCGAGGUUGGCUAUGAUGCCAGGUUUAGCAUCACGACGAAGGAUUUGGUUAUGUGCUUGGAUUCGAUGCUGAGGCAAAGGGUUCGGCGGAUAGGAGCAAAGUGAUUUGCUGAGGUUUUACCAGAUCGUAUUGACGCUGAAUUUGGGGCAAUGAUAGUCCAUAAAUGACAUUCGUGGAGGGUUUGCUCGUACAUCGGAGUCUGCUUUUGAGAGCAGCAACGUAUAAUAAAUGAAAUUACCAAAA